AUGAAAGGUGAUAUUGCUAUUGGCAAGAUAGGAAGGUCACGUUCCCAUGCUAUUGAUAAUGUAUUUUUGGUCGAGGGCCUCAAGCACAAUUUGUUAAGUAUUUCACAGUUUUGUGACAAAGGUAACUCUGUUAGCUUUACUUCAAACAAGUGUAGAAUCAUCCACAAUGACACUGGGGACAUAAUUUUAGAAGGAACUCGUAAAGGGAACACAUAUGUUGUGGAUCUUAACGAGGUUCCUAACAACAGUUUAACAUGUCUUAGUGUUAUUGAGGAUGAUCCUCUGUUGUGGCACAAAAGGUUUGACCAUGCAAGCUUUUCUUUACUUGAUAAACUAAGAUCUAAGAACUUAGUGAAGGACUUCCUUGCAUUAAGUUCCUGUAUGAUAAAGUGUGUGAAGCUUGUGCUAAAGGUAAACAGACCCGAAUUUCCUUCAAGUCCAAAAAGAUGGAUUGUGAUGAUGAUUUCGAGAUUGGACUUGUACGUAAGCAAAAUCCAUUUGAGGAAUCAGUAUCACUGCAAGAAGCAGCCUUUUGAAACUGCAGAAGUAACAAAUCCUGAAGCAAAUGUUCAACCAGAGUUGGAGAAUGCACCAGGAACUCAACUUCAAGAACAGAUUGAAAAUCAUAAUGAAGGCCAAAAUGUGGAAACUCCUGAAGAAGUUCAACCUGAGUUCCAGAAUCAAGUUCCUAUAGAAGAACCAGUCAACAAUAAUGAAGAGAGGAUGUAUCCAAUCAAAGAUUUCACUCCAAGGCCCUGGAAAUAUCAGAAAUCUCAUCCAGUUGACACAAUCAUGUGUGACAUCACAAAAGGAACUCAAACCAGAUCUCAGCUUAGGAUUUUCUGUGCAUUCAAUGCAUUCCUUUCUUCCAUGGAACCUAAAAAUUAUGUUGAGGCUUUAACUGAAGCAGACUGGAUUAAUGUUAUGCAAGCUGAACUAAAUGAAUUUGAAAGAUAUAAAUUUUGGCAUCUGGAACCUAGACUUAAAGACAAGAAGUCCAUUGGACUAAAAUGGGUAUUCAGAAACAAACUAGAUGUACAUGGUAUUAUUGUCAUGAACAAAGCUAGACUAGUUGUACAAGGUUUCAACCAGCAAGAAGGAGUUGACUAUGAAGAAACAUUUGCACCUGUAGCCAGAUGGAUGUCAAAUGUGCAUUCUUAA